AUGGAGAAACAUCGUCUUGCACUUCCUUGUGAUGAUGAAAAAUCAAAUUUUGAUAAUUAUGAUAGUUCUAAUGAUGAUUUAAGUGUUGAAAUAACUUCGACCAUUGAUGAACAUAAAAAGGAAUUAGUAGGCUUAUCAACAUAUCAUCCAUUAGAAUUAAAAAACAGCAGUUAUGAUAAUAAUGAAGAAAAAAAGAAUAUAAUUAAGAAAAUGAUGGUCGAAAAACCUAAGAACUCUUAUUUAUUAAAUAGCAAAACGAAACAGUUCAGUUUAGAUCAAUUUAUGAAAAAAUGA